GCGCUCUCCGAGCCGAGCCCUGUCGGGUCUCUCGAGCCUGCCAAGCCCGAGCCCCGGAGCUGGAACUCUCCCGGGUGAUUGUCUCGCGGCCGCGCGCCCCUCCAGACCCCUGUCCUCCGCAGCCUGUCCAGGAGCUGGGGCUGGCGCGUGGCGCUCCUUAGCAGCGGGCGGGCAGGACACGUGGACGCCCCCAGGCAGGGUCCGGGGGCCAAGGGCGCCCCGUGCGGACACGGCGAGGGAGGCUUCCUGCGGGAAGGGCCCCUAACGUCCUCGCCGCCUCGCCCCAGCCUCCCUUUCUGGUCUCCUCCUCCAACCAGCCCGGCCGCCGGCUGCCGCGCGGCGCGCGGAGGUCGCAGGCGGAGAAGCACGCUUGGCACGACAGCUCUGUGCGUGCGCCCGCCGGGGACCGGCUCCACCCAGCCCCUGAGCCCCGGCCACCGGCCGGUGACGCGAGAGGCCCGAGGCCCCGCACGACUCCGAGGCCGGGACGCGGCCGCACCGCGGACCCAGCGGGGAGGCACUUGCAGCGCCAGCGGACCGAGGCCCCGCGUGCCAGCCGUCGGCGGCCCGAGAAGCGACGGUCGAGGCGCCGGGGACGUGGGACCCCGCUCCCCGUCAGCCCGCGAGGCCCGCAGACCCCGUCUCUGGGGGCGGGUCCGGGGCUUGUCCUGAGGACGCCCCACGCCCCCCCCGUACCCUGAGCGGGGCCGGGCGCCAAGGGGCACGGCGGCGCACCCUCGGGCCGGGCAGAAGUGGGCUCAGCCCCGGGAGGGCGGGGGCGGCGGCGGACCAAAAAGCGGAUUUAAAACCGCGCGUCAGGGCGGACGUGGCAGCUAGCGUUGUCCACGCGGCGGCCCCGGGAGCCGCGCGGCCAGAGGCGAUGAGCGAGGCGGCAGCCGCGCGGCCCGGGGCGGGCUGAGCGCGCGGCCGCGCCCCUACCUCCCGGGGAGUCCCGGCGACGGUCGGCCCGGGGCCCGGCUAUGGCCGGCCGGGGCUGCGGCGGCGGCUGCGGGCCGGGCCGCGCGAACGAGGACAACGCGCGCUUCCUGCUGCUCGGCGCGCUCCUGGCGCUCUACCUGCUGGGCGGCGCCGCCGUCUUCUCGGCGCUGGAGCGGCCGCACGAGCGCCAAGCCCGGCAGCGCUGGGAGGAGCGCCUGGCCGGCUUCGGCCGCCGCCACAACCUGAGCCGCGACGCGCUGCGCGGCUUCCUCCGCCACUUCGAGGAGGCCGCGGCCGCCGGCGUCCGCGUGGACGGCGCGCGCCCUCGCUGGGACUUCCCGGGCGCCUUCUACUUCGUGGGCACCGUCGUGUCCACCAUCGGGUUUGGGAUGGCCACCCCAGCGACAGUGGGCGGGAAGGUCUUCCUGAUCGUCUACGGCCUCCUCGGCUGCUCCAGCACCCUCCUGUUCUUCAACCUCUUCCUGGAGCGCCUGAUCACCGUCAUCGCCCACGUCACGAGGUGGUGCGGCGCCCGGCGGCCGGGGAGGCGGGCGGGCCCGCGCGCGGGGAGCCAGGGGCGGGCCGCGGCGGCCGGGAAGCCGUCGGUGCGCGUCGUGCUGCUGGCGCUGGGCGCCGCCUCCCUGGCGCUGUGCUGCGGCGCCGCCGCCCUGUACGCGGCCGCCGAGGGCUGGGGCUACCUGGACGCGCUCUACUUCUGCUUCGUGGCCUUCAGCACCAUCGGCUUCGGGGACCUGGUCAGCGGGCAGCAGGCGCGCUACGACGGCCGGGGCCUCUACCGCGCGGCCAACUUCGUCCUCCUGCUCUCGGGCGUCUGCUGCCUGUAUUCGCUGUUCAACGUCGUGUCCAUCCUCGUCCGGCAGGCGGUGAACUGGGCCCUGGGCCGGGCGGCCGGCGCGGGCUGCCGGCGAGGCCGGGGACGCGGCGGGCCGCCCCGCAGGAACGCCGUGGGGCCGGGCCGCGUGCGCAGCGGGGGCGGCGGCGCCGCGGAGACGGACGGCGGCUCGGACGGCGGCUCGGGCGCGCGGCGCCUCUCGGGCGAGAUGGUCUCCAUGAAGGACUUGCUAGCGGCCAACAAGGCCUCCCUGGCCGUCCUCCAGAAGCAGCUGUCCGAAGCGGCCAGCGGCCGCCCGCGCCGGGCGAGCACGCCGGCUGUGGACGACGAGUUCUCAGGGGGCGUGGGCGCCUUCGCCAUCAUGAACAGCAGGCUGGCGGAGACCAGCGCCGACAGGUAGGAGCGGGGGCGCAGGGCGCCGACCGCCGGGCGCCUUCGGGAGCUGCUCCUUCCCGCCUGGAGCCCGGCUUGAGAGCGCGCUUCUUCUCCAGCAGGCUGCCCCUUCCCAGGGCUGCGGGUCCGUGAAGCCUCGAGGCCGCUCCUUAUCUGCGUCCUUCUUUAAGUGUAAUUCACUCUUAAACAUGAACCACGCAAGCGGUGAGUACCUGCUCUCCUGACUCGUCUUGCUCCAGAAUUUGGACCCAAGAGAGGGGCAGCUUACUUAAGCCUUGUUUCCUGCUGCUCUGCUCUGCAUCUGGAAGUACAGAUCCUCAAGAUGCGAGCUCUCCCCUGGAACUCCGAAGACUGAGUUCACAGCCUCUCGGAGGCCCUUCAGCGCAGGGAGGGCAGGAACUGGUCCAGAAGACGCUUGGGCUUGCUUUUUCCUGAGCUGCCUUGCUAGCAGAUGGCUCUGGGUGCUGCGGCUAGGGAAACCACCUACCCCUCCUUACACCUGCUUCUCUGGUUUUGUUUCUCCGUUCUUUAUUUGUAAGAUCUUAAGGCUUGACUAAGGUGCCUGUGGGACCUCAGCAUUAAGGUUAAGAAAAUAAAAUUCAGUUUCAGGCCUUUAAACCGCAGCAAGGUGAUGGCGAGAGUCCGCUCUUGUCACUGAAGACUGGAGGUUACUCUGCUCCUUUGAACGGCCCCAGAGGCCACUGCAUUCUUACCCGGACUUGGGGCCCAUUGCAGAGAUAACGACUGUCUAUUUAUUAAAAUUGAAAAUUUAAUAAAGCCUCAUUUUAUU